AGCCCGCCCAGCCCGCCAGCCAGCCAGCAACACAAUCACAGUCAGUCUGUGAUACAACCUUUCUAUUCCAAACCACCACCACCGCCUUGCAACCUUUCUUUCUCCUCAAACCCAUCCACCCAACCCCUCGACUCUCUCUAUCGGCACUCCUUGUCAACACAACCAAACCCAGCACCGAGCGCGCGCACCGACCAUCCCCACGGCAUACAACGCACAACCAAACCACCCAACCCCCCCACCCCCCCACCAGUGUUCAACUCGUUGCCCAUCUUACCACCCCUUUACAUUCAACCCAAUCCCUCGAGAAGCUUAACCGGCUCUUACUCGCCUACCUCCUAGGCCACCACAACCACACCCCCCACCUUCUCUCUCCGCCGCCCACCCACAACAAGUCUUCCCUCAUCAACCCAGUACAAUGCAGACCAUCAAAUGUGUGGUCGUCGGUGACGGUGCCGUCGGCAAGACCUGUCUGCUCAUCUCGUACACGACCAACAAGUUCCCAUCAGAGUAUGUCCCCACCGUGUUCGACAACUACGCCGUCACUGUCAUGAUUGGCGAGGACCCCUACACCCUUGGACUGUUCGACACUGCAGGACAGGAGGACUACGAUCGUCUGCGACCCCUCUCGUACCCCCAGACAGAUGUUUUCCUCGUCUGCUUCAGCGUAACCUCGCCCGCAUCGUUUGAGAACGUCAAGGAAAAGUGGUUCCCCGAAGUCCACCACCACUGCCCCGGUGUCCCCUGCCUCAUUGUCGGAACGCAGGUCGACUUGCGCGAUGACCAGGGACACCUCGACAAGCUUGCCCGCCAAAAGCAGCGGCCCAUCAGCCCCGAGCAGGGCGAGCGUCUUGCAAAGGAGCUCGGCGCCGUCAAGUACGUCGAGUGCUCGGCUCUCACCCAGCGCGGCCUUAAGAACGUCUUUGACGAGGCCAUUGUCGCCGCCCUCGAACCACCGGUCGUUAGGCCCAAGAAGCCCAAGUGCGUCGUCCUCUAAGCGAACAACGACCGACCGGCGUCGGCAGCGCGCGACCUCUCCCUCUCUCUAUUUUUCCUCUACAGCAUCUCGCCUACAUGUUUCCGGAGCGUGUCGUAUACCACCAUCCCUUUUCCUCUAUUCGCGUCUCUUCCUCCUUUUACCCCUCUGCAACAGCAUGCGCACAAGCCUUGCCAUCCAGGAGCGGGGUUACGGUCGGCCUAGUCUCACACCGUAACACCCACUUUUUAUUUGUUUCUGGCUGGCCAACCGCAAACGCGUGGCCCUCGCACCCCCCUCCCAAUCGGCUACCCCAGGCUACCCACCACCACUCGAGGCUCACCGGCUCGUGCCCGCCAUCCCCGGCCCCGUGCGUAGCGCUGUAUCCUCGCCGCGAUGGCGCCUGUUCUGGAUCUUUUUGAUGAUGCAAGAGUGAUCGCACUAGACUAUAUAAA